CUAUAAUUAAUAUAUAUAUAGACAAUGACUACAUUACUUAAUAACACUUAAAUACUAAAUAUCAAUGAUAAUGACUGAAUUAAGUAAACCAAGUAUAUCCCUAGUAGUGGCUGCAUUAAAACCUAAUUUGGGCAUAGGAUAUCAAGGUAAAAUGCCUUGGAGAUUACGUAAGGAGAUUAAAUACUUUAAAGAUGUGACAUGUAAAGUUUCGAAUCCUACAAGUCAAAUUAAUGCCGUUAUAAUGGGGAGAAAGACUUGGGAAUCUAUACCGAAGAAAUUCCGUCCAUUACCUGAUAGAAUUAAUGUAGUACUUUCACGUGGUUUCCCAACUUGUGAAGUCAUUGAAGAAAAUAUUAUUCAUGCUAAUUCUCUUGAUGAAUCCUUAAAAUAUCUUUCAAAGUCCGAUCAUAACCGAUCGAUUGAAAGAAUCUUUGUUAUUGGCGGUGCUGAGAUAUAUAAUACACUCAUUGAUGAUCCAAGAACAUCUCAUUUGUUGCUUACUGAGAUAGAAACUGAUAAGGAGAUUCCUGUUGAUACUUAUUUAAAAUUCCCAUUAUAUGAUGAAAAUACAUCUUGGAUUAAACAAUCAAAACAAGAAUUACAACUGUUUGUUGGAGAUGAAAUAAUAUUGGAAGAUGAUAUCAAAGAGGGGGACUUUGUAUAUAAUUAUACUCUUUGGAAAAGAAAAUAAGAAUAAAAAUAAAAAUAAAAAUAAAAAUAAAAA